AUGGGACAAGCACAGGACAAGUUUGUGGACGAGCAAAAUGAAGACGGUUCACAAGAUUCUCCUACUGUGGAAGACUCCGUGAUUACUGAAGCAACUUUUACCGUGGUUGCGUCGGAAUCUCAAGUUCACCAUGAUAUUAGUUUCUCACCGCCUUCUAUACAAGACACACAACUAAAAAGAACUAGUUCAAAUUCUGUGUUCGGUGAUAUAGAUCCCAAUGGCAUUCGAAGUGAAAAAGGAAAAUUUUUCGCUUCAGAUGUCAAUGGUCACAUUGAUUUGGCAGAGAAUGAUGAUAAUUUUACUAUUCACCUAACCAGCUCCACAAUAGAUUUUUCAAAUAAUUCACUCGCGAGUUCCCUUGCGAAUUUAACAAUUCGAGAUUCUCCAUCAUUGGAUAGUAUAACAACAGCGUCUGUUGUGCAAGCGACAACAGUGAAAAACACACAUAAUAGCUUAUCUAGAACCAUUGAUGAAAAUUAUAACCCGGCUGUAGAGGAAACAUCCGGUUUAAUUAAAAUAGCAGGCACAGCAGAAUCAACUCGUAAAAGGACAUCUAAAGACAUAAAAUCGACAUUAGCUGAUGAAGCCGAAUAUACGAUACCACCAGCCAUUGCAGAGGAUGUUUUACGAGAGAUGUUAGCAAAUAAACCCAGUCAGGAUUUACUUGAAGAGUUGGAGCAACCAGCUGUGGUCACAAAUGGAAAAGGAGAAAAUUCUUCAUCAAAAUUUAAAGGCGAUUCGGUAAACCAUGAGAAAAAUG